GUCAGACUCGAGUCGCAAAGGAGAAAGAGACGAGGGGGAAAGAAGGGAUGGUACGAACUUGGCGGCCUGGUUGAGACGAGUUUGUUGUUCGAUGAAAAGAGUGCAGCUGACGUAACGGUAACUGGCCAGAUGGCCCUUUCGCAUGACGUCCACCUCUUGCUUGUCGAUUUGGGGGACAA